AUGUCUAUGGUUGAUGGGGGAGAAAGUAAUGGUGGAGGUUCAACUCCUGAUAUGCUAUGUGGGCUAGCAGGUAGAGGUUCAACUCUAGAUGAAAUAUGUGGGCUAGCAGGUUGGGGUUCAACACCUAAUGAGCUAUUUGAGCUAGCAGGUGGAAGUUCAACACCUGAUAUACUAUGGGAACUAGCAGGUGGAGGUUCAACUCCUAAUGAACUAUGUGGGCUAGCAGGUUGUGGUUCAGCUCAUGAUGAAAUAUAUCGACUAGCUGGUGGAUGUUCAACUCUAGAUGAAAUAUGUGGAGUUGCAGGUGGAGGUUCAACACCUGAUGAACUAUGUGGGCUAGCAGGUGGAGGUUCAACUCCUGAUGAACUAUGUGGGCUAGCAGGUGGAGGUUCAACUCCUGAUGAACUAUGUGGGCUAGCAGGUGGAGGUUCAACUCCUGAUGAACUAUGUGGGCUAGCAGGUGGAGGUUCAACACCUGAUGAACUAUGUGGGCUAGCAGGUGGAGGUUCAACUCCUGAUGAACUAUGUGGGCUAGCAGGUGGAGGUUCAACUCCUGAUGAACUAUGUGAGCUAGCAGGUGGAGGUUCAACUCCUGAUGAACUAUGUGGGCUAGCAGGUGGAGAUUCAACUCUAGAUGAACGAUGUGGGCUAGCAGGUAGAGGUUCAACUCUAGAUGAACUAUGUCAGCUAGCAGGUGGAGGUUUUACUCCUGAUGAAAUAUGUGGGCUAGCAGGUGGAGGUUCAACUCUAGAUGAACUAUGUGAGCUAGCAGGUGGAGGUUCAACACCUGAUGAACUCUGUGGGCUUGCAGGUGCAGGUCCAACUCCUGAUGAACUAUGUGGGCUAGCAGGUGAAGGUUCAACACCUGACGAACUAGCAGGUGGAGGUUCAACUCUAGAUGGACUAUGUGGACUAGCAGGUGGAGGUUCAACUCCUGAUGAUUUCUGUGGGCUCGCAGGUGCAGGUUCAACACAUGAUGAACUAUGUGGGCUAGCAGGUGGAGGUUCAACUCUAGUUGAACUAUGUGCAGGUUCAACUCCUGAUGAGCUAUGUGGGCUAGCAGGUGGAGGUUCAACACAUGAUGAACUCUGUGGGCUAGCAGGUGCAGGUUCAACUCCUGAUGAACUAUGUGGGCUAGCAGGGGGAGGUUCAACUCUAGUUGAACUAUGUGAGCUAGCAGGGUUUGGUUAA